GCAAGUAGUUCGCAUUCUUUCGCGUCACAAAUAUGCGCGCUAAGGCGGUAUUGUUCAACAGGACAGAAAGAAUGUCAAUUUUUGAUCAAUGUCAAUUUACCUUAACAUUUUCCAAUAUUCGAAUAAUAAUGUGAUACGAAUUAUAGUUGUGGACCAUCAUACGUGCCUUUGUGAAAAUGUAUAACCUAACUAUAGUGUAUUUGUAGAUAUAAUGUUAUUUUUUUAAUGUUAUUGUGUUUGUGAAAACCAGAAAGGCCACUGGAUUCCACAAAAUGGAUUCUUCAAAGAAGAGGUCACCUGAUUACACUGACAUAGCCUACAGGGAAGCAGUAGCACGUCUUCGCUACCUCUUAGCUGAAUCAUAUUCUCCUCAGGCAACACCAACGAAGAUCCCUCAUGUCCGUUCCAAUAAGCCUGAAGAUAGUGGAGAUGAGACUGAUGCAUCAAUGGCCGUCAGCGAUCGUUCACGCCCUCGCCAUCACCACCAUGUUCAUCCUCCACCUUCUCCCUAUCGUUCCCCAUAUUUUGGAGCAAAGCGCUCCCUUUACACUGAUAUUGUUCCUAAAACCACCCAGUUAACUAGUACCUUGCAGGUGCCAAAAAUUGUUGAUGGAGCUGGUAGUGCAGUGACAAAUUCCAAGACAGAUGGCCAACAACCCCCACCAGAGCUAAUGGCCUUCAUUGAACGACAAGAAGAUUACAUUGAACAAUUGGAGAAGGAGUCACAGUAUUGUAGGAAUGAAGGGUUACACGAGAAAGAAAAAUCUGGAAUACUGAAAUCUGUUUUCGAAUACUUGACAAGUGGUGGAGAAGAAGAAGAGGAAGAUGAUGAUGAAGAUGAAGUCGAAGAAAAACGCGACAGGAAAAAAUCUCCAACUAAAAAGAAGCGUUUGGAAGGGCCAUCGAUAGUGUUUGAAUCCCGCAUAAGUGAAUUGGAAGCUCAGCUUACUCAGACUAAAAUUGAACUCCGCAAAGCUCAAGAGGAAGCAGAAAUGUUAAAAAAGAAGUACGGUGGUUUAGAACCAGGGGCAGUGAUGGAUUCAGCUACAUCACCUGGCAUUGAGUCCUAUAAGAAGCAGAUAGAUGCUUUGCAAAGCCAAAAAGCUGAGCUGGAGGUGCGUCGUCUCAAGGACGAACUGGAGAGGCAGCACGAGAAACUGCGCGAUCUGCUGCAGGAACAAGGUCGUCGCGUGCAGGACGAGCGCACCCAAGCUGAGCGCCGCUAUGCUCAACAGGUGGAGCAGUUAACUUGUGACCUGAGUGCACAAUGGGACACAGCCGGCAAGCUGCAACUUGAACUAGAGAAGCAAAGGCGCACGGAGAGUGAGCUGCGACGCGAACUCCAACAGAAGUCUGCGAUUAUUGAAGAACUCAAGAAGGAACUGCAAACCAAGAUAGCAGGCCUCCAGAGUGAAGCUACGCAGUCAGCUGCAGAGCGAGGGUCCCUUGAGCAGGAACUUGCUGCAAGUCGUUUGGUGACUGAAAGAGCAGAGCGAGAGGCUCGCCAAGAGUCCGCGCGACUUCAGGCUGAAAUAACAGCUCUGCGCCAGCGACUCGAUCGUGCUGAUGCAGAUCUUCUUCAUAGCCGCAGAGAAAAUUUACGUCUCUCUGAGCAAAUUGCAUCUUUGGAGAGAGAGUUGAACUUAGCAAAAAUGAUGAAGGAAAGUAGUGAUAAGCCUUCAGGAGAAGGACCAUCCUCUAAUACGUCUCGAGAAAAGGAACUUACUUCUAUGAUUAUGAAUAUGGAAGCAAAGCAUGUCCAAACUGUUGGUGAACUUGAGAGCAUGAUUCAAACCCAGACUGAUCUCAUGGAAAAACUGAAAGAUGAAUGUCGAUCUCUCACUCAGAAGUUGGAAGAAUCCUCUGCACGACACAAAGAAGAGCGAAUGACUCUAAGAGUUGAAAGGGCUGUUCUCUUGAAGAAACUUGAACAAGUCUGGGAAAACUUCAAGGAACUUGAGCAAAGAAGUUUAGAAAGCAACGACAACUAUGUUGAGGGCAAUGAGCGAGGGCCCGAGCAUGGCUUUGCGCUUGACCAGCAGUACGAACAGCAGCCCCAAUAUGAGGCACAGCCCGCAUUCGAAUCUCAGUCCGAGUACGAGCCCCAGCCCGGGUACGAGACGCAGCAGCCCGGUGCAUAUCCCCAGCACGAGCAAGAAUAUGCACCCCAGUCCACAUUCCAGUCCCAGCCUGAAUACAGCGAGCAUGAACAAGAAUAUGCUCCACAGUCCACAUACCAGUCUGAACCCGAAUACAAGCAGCAUGAGCAAGAAUACGCAGCACAACAGCCCACAUAUCAGUCUCAACCAGAAUACAAUCAACGUGAGCAAGAGUUUGCACAACAGUCCACAUACCAGCCUCAAUCUGAAUACGACCAACAUGAGCAAGAAUACCAACAGCAGCCCACAUACGAGUCAAAACCUGAAUACCAGCCAUCAGAACAGUACCAGUCACAACCAAACUAUGGCGCUAAAUCAAGUUACGGAUCAGAUUCAGAUUACAGUGCCAAAACAGAGCAACAACAGCCCAGUUAUGAACAGCAGCCUGAAUAUACAUCACAGUCAGACUACAGUGGAUCCCAAGUCCAAUAUCAAGCUCCAGAGCCCCAGUAUCAACCCCAGACCCAACAGUCCUACCAGCAAGGAUCCCCAGCAAGAGAAUUCUAUCCUGAAGCUCCUAGGACCCAACAGGCCUUUAGAAAACAGUCCAGUUCAGAACAAGUUCCACCUUCUCCAAGACGAUCUCGUCCUGUGUCCCGACAGGGAUCUGGCUCAGAUCAAUUACCUCCUGUGUCCCCGUCAACACCUCAACGAUUCUUCAGGCAAGGCAGCUCCGAACUCCCUCCCCGAUCUCCAAGCAGAGCUGCUAUUGCAUCCAAGAAACAAUCUAGUACAGAAUUACAACAGUCCUAUACCCCAGCAUCCAACUACCAGACACAGCAUGGAAUCGAACCUACACCUCAUCCCUACACUGAACAAUUUGGAGCAUAUGACGACAGACAGUCUACUGAGUACAUUGCAGAAACACAGCCUCAACUUAGCCGUCAACCCAGUGCAGAAUCACACAUUGCCACUCGCCCACCAAGUGUGGAACCCCAGUGGCAAGGACCUGGUUCCAACAUGUCCCCUCAGGGACCACCACCUCCCCAGCCUUAAGCCACGGUGUAAGGUGGAUCUACAGCCUCCACUGACUUUGGAAGAUUUGGCUACUGACAGUGAUUCAUGUGAAUCUCAGGCAGCCCAGCAGCUGGUUUUUCGGUAGCAUUAACUAAUGAGCCGCCUUUCAUAUUUACUGCCGUCAUUGAUUUUUUUUUGUAGUGAUGUAAAAGAAAUAGUGUUAAAAUGUGUGUAGAAUCACAAGUACAUUCAAAUAUAAAAUAUUUCUUUUUGUAUAGGGUAAGCCGUUUCAAUCACCUACAAUGUAUAAAAAAAGGCUCACCAAUAUCAAAUAAAAAUAUGCAUCUAUAUCAACUUUUUGGUCUUUUGUUUUCUUAAAAAUGUGACUAUAUUCUAUAGAUAUUUGCAGUUAAAUAAAUA